AUGAGCUGUAUUAAAGACUGCUGGGGUAAGAAGAAUGAGGAGAAAACGUACAGCUGCCCGCAGUGCAGGCAGAGCUUCACACCGAGGCCUGCCCUGGUGAAAAGUACCAUGCUUGCAGAGUUAGUGGAGGAACUGAAGAAAGUAGGACUUCAAGAUGCUUCACCUGAUCUUUCCAUUGCAAAACCUGGAGAUAUGGUCUGUGAUUACUGCUACGGGGUGAAGCUGAAAGCCUUCAAGUCCUGUCUGCUGUGUAUGGCCUCUUUCUGUGAGCAACACCUCCAACCUCACUUUGAUGUAGCUCCAUUAAAGAAACACAAGUUGGUUGCAGCCACCUCAAAGCUUCAGGAGAACAUCUGCUCUCGUCAUGACGAGGUGAUGAAGAUUUUCUGCCGCACUGAUCAGCAGUGCAUCUGUUAUCUCUGCUCCAUGGAUGACCACAAAGGCCAUGACACCGUCUCCGCUGUAGCAGAGAGGGCUAACAGGCAGAAGGAGCUCGGGGUGAGCCAAGAAAAAAACCAACAGAGAGCCCAGGACAGAGAGAAAGACGUCAAGGCGCUUCAACAGAGGGUGGAGGCUAUCAAUCGCUCUGCUGAUGAAGCAGUGAGGGACAGUGAGAAGAUCUUCACUGAGUUCAUUCAUCUCAUUGAGAAAAGAAGCUCUGAGGUGAAGCAGAAGAUCAGAUCCCAGCAGAAAACCCAAGUGAGUCAAGCUCAAGAUCUUGAGGAGAAGCUGCAGCAGGAGGUCACUGAGCUGCGGAGGAAAGACGCUGAGCUGCUGCAGCUCUCUCACACCGAGGACCACCUGCAUUUCCUAAACAACUACCCCUCACUGUCACGUCUGAGUGAGUCUGAAGACUUACCCAGCAUUGAUAGCUGUCCUCUGCGCUUAUUUGAGGAUGUGACCGUGGCGGUGUCAAAGACCAGAGAUAAACUGCAGGGUGUUGUAACUGAGGAGUGGGAAAACAUCUCUCUGGCAGUGACUGGAGUGGAUGUUUUAAUGACCCAAGCAGAGCCCAGAACCAGAGCUGAAUUCAGGAAAUAUUCUCGUCAAAUCACAUUGGAUCCAAAUACAGCACAGAGGCGGUUGUCAUUGAGUGACGGGAACAGGAAAGCCACACUAAUGAAAGGAGAACAGUCAUAUUCAGCUCAUCCAGACAGAUUUGUUGGAAAUUGUCAGGUCCUGAGUACAGAGGGUCUAACUGGACGUUGUUACUGGGAGGUGGAGUGGAGCGGGAGAGCUUUGAUAGCAGUGGCAUACAAGGAUAUUAGCAGAACUGGGACACCUAAUGAAUGUAGAUUUGGAUAUAAUAACAAAUAUUGGGCAUUAGAGUGUAACCUUGGCAGUAAAUAUACAUUCUACCACAACGAUAUUUCUACUUCCGUCUCAGGCCCUCAGUCCUCCAGAAUAGGAGUGUACCUGGAUCACAGAGCAGGUUCUCUCUCUUACUACAGCGUCUCUGACACCAUGACCCUCCUCCACAGAGAGCAGACCACCUUCACUCAGCCUCUCCAUCCUGUGUUUCGGCUUCUACAAGGUACUGGAAGCUCAGCUGAGUUGUGUGAGCUGAAGUAG